AUCACACAAAAGUCAAGCGUGUUGUAGCCUCACCACUAAACCAACCUCACAAAAAAAUGAAAAAACACUAAAUCCUGAUUGUUUCCAAACCCCCAUGACUCCGUGUUUAUGUGUGUUGCUCUGUUUCGGCAUCAAAGCAGUUUCCUCCAUCGACACUCUCACACAAGGAGACUAUCUCGACUCCUCGUCUCAGCUCGACUCCCCCAACGGCCUCUUCACGCUACGCUUCUACACCCCUGGAUCCAACCAAUCCACACUAAACAUUUACUUAGCAAUCUUGUUCAACAGCGGCGCCGCCUCCGCUCUUGUCUCACACAAAGCAAUCUGGAUCGCCAACCGCGACGACCCCGUCCUCAAAAACUCCGACCCCCAGCUCUCCCUCGGCUCCCGAGGCGAUCUCACCAUCACCCGCGAUGGAGGCGAUUCCAUCCAACUCUACACCCCCCGAGGAUCAAACACCACUACAACUAACAUAACCGCCACACUCCUCAACACCGGGAAUUUCAUCGUUCGCUCGAAUCAUGAACCACAACAAGUGCUAUGGCAGAGCUAUGAUCACCCCACUGACACCCUUCUCUCAGGAAUGAAGCUAUCAGCAAACACCAAGAUCACUUCAUGGCUCACGCCGUCUAAUCCCGUGCCCGGCCCUUUCACUCUGGAGUGGGAUCCCAAUCCAGGUGAGCUGGUCAUCAGACGGCGAGGGAUGGCGUACUGGAGGAGCGGACGCCUCGUGGACUAUCAUGACGACGAUUUGGGGAAUGUCAAGAAUUUCGAGAAUUUCUAUAUGAGGCCCGAUCGCGACAACUUCAACUAUAACUUAACUAGCGGGGGAGACUACUUCAUGUACACAGUGAUCCAGGGCGGGACGAUGGAGAGUCGGAAGGUGACUUCAGGGUGGUUGCUGGACGAGACGGGGAACGUGUCGACCAUCGAUGACAAGGGUCUGAGGGUGGUUAUGGCCAGCGUUUGCGAUGGUUACAGGUCUAAUGGUGAUGGUUACAGCAAAGGGUGUGAGCUGUGGGAGCUGCCCAAGUGCAGGAACAAGAAUCAGGUGUUUGAUCAGCGGUCGGGAGAUUUUAGGGAUGUGAGAGGGCGAUCGGUUAUGCCAACUAUCGACGGAAACGGGAGCCUUAUACUGAGUGACUGCAGGGAUACCUGCUGGAGAUGGAGUGAUUGCGAAUGCGCGGGAUAUUCGAAUUAUAUGGGACAAGACUAUGGGUGCAGCUAUUGGAUUGGUGGAGAUUUGGAGUGGGUGCAGGAUAAUUCUGGUGCCGAUGACAAGAUAUAUGUUCUUCAAUCUCCCCCAAAAGCAAAAGCGAAAUCGUAUAUGGGAAUAAUCAUGGGUGAAGUGGGUGCAAUUCUACUGCUUACGUUGGCAUUUGUUCUUUUGAUCAUGCGAAAUCGUAAGGUGAAAAGGGAGGAAAGAUUACAUGAACUCCUGACAUUGGAGGGAUAUACGGGAAGUUACGAGCUCGAGAACAGAGGAGCCAAUGGUCAUCAGCUUAAGCUUUUCACUUAUGCAUCCAUCAUCUCUGCUACUAACAACUUCUCCUCCAACAACAAACUCGGAGAGGGCGGUUUCGGCCCCGUUUAUAAGGGUAGAAUAGGGGAAGGCCAAGACAUAGCAGUGAAGCUUCUAUCACGAAAGUCGGGACAGGGCUUGCUUGAGUUCAAAAAUGAGCUCAUACUCAUUUCUGAACUGCAACAUGUCAACCUUGUUAAGCUUAUAGGAUUUUGCAUUCACAAAGAUGACAAAAUGAUUAUAUAUGACUACAUGCCUAACAAAAGUCUUGAUUGCUUUCUUUUCAGUCCAUCCAGGAGGGAGCAGUUAGAUUGGGAGAAACGGUUCAACAUCAUCGAGGGGACUGCUCAGGGGCUACUGUACCUCCACAAGCACUCCCGCCUCAAAAUCAUCCAUCGUGACAUGAAACCAAACAACAUACUACUUGAUCAAAACAUGACUCCCAAGAUCUCUGAUUUCGGCCUUGCAAGAAUCUUCAAAGAGGAUGUUGAUGAAGUCAACACAAACCAACGCGUUGGGACUUAUGGUUACAUGGCCCCUGAGUAUGCAAUGCAAGGCAUAUUCUCGGUCAAGUCCGAUGUGUACAGUUAUGGAGUUUUAGUACUAGAGAUUGUGAGCGGUAGGAGAAACGGAAGCUUCCACGAGAUUGAAGGCCCUUUGAGCAUCGUGGAAUACGCAUGGGAGCUGUGGAGAAAAGAUGAUGCAUUGCAACUCACGGAUCCAAUGUUGAGGGAUUCAUGUGUGACGGAGCAACUGCAGAAAUGCAUUCACAUUGGGCUUCUGUGUGUUGAGAAUCAAGCAGUGGAUCGACCAACCAUUGAAGAUGUUUUAUUCAUGCUCAAAAAUGAGACAGCAACUCUGCCGAUACCCAAAAAUCCAGCAUUUAUCACAAGAAAUAGUGUGUUUCAACAAGUGGACAAAGCUAUACCACAACAGUUAUCAAACAAUCAAGUCACACUUUCUCAGUUAUCAGGAAGAUAGAACAUAGAAUAAAUGUCCACUUUUUUUGUUUUUCAUCCAAAUAUAAUUAUUCGUGUUAUAUUAAUAUAUUACCUCAAACAAA